AUGCUUUCCUCAGUAUUCUUGACGGUGGCCGCAUCGACGCUGGCAGCGGCGCACACAAUCAUCACAUAUCCUGGAUGGAGAGGUGACAAUUUGAUCACAAACACGACAUGGCCAUAUGGUAUGCAAUGGAUGUAUCCAUGUGGUGGCAUGACCUUGACAUCAAACAGAACAUACUGGCCAACAACUGGAGGUGCCGUCGCCUUCCAGCCUGGUUGGUUCCAAGGUCACCAAACCGCAUUCCUCUAUAUGAACCUCGGGAUCGGUAGCGAUGGCCCCGAUCAUGGUCCCCUCAAUAUGUCUCUGCCCAUGAUCUCACCCUUCCAAAUCCUCGGGCCGUCCAAGAACCCGUAUCCAGGAACUGUCUGCCUGCCACAGGUGCCACUUCCUGCAAACCUGACCGUGAACCCCGGAGACAACGCCACGAUUCAGAUCGUGGAGAUCGCGGUGCAUGGCGCUGCCCUGUUCUCGUGUGUUGACAUCACAUUCGUCGAGCCCAACGACGAGCGCCUCAACAACGUCAACGAAACCAACUGCUUCAACAGCACCGACAUCGGCUUUGCCGAGAUCUACACCAUCACGACCAAGGAGGUCGGCAGCACCGCCAACACUACGUCAACGAGCGGCGCCCUGGCCUCGUUCAUGCGUUCGAGCUCGUCAUGGCUCGGCUACGCGCCACUGGUUCUGGGCUCGCUGUGGUUCCUGGCAUAA